AUGGUGGCAUCGGAGUGGCCUUUCAGCGAGGUCAGAGUUCAGGAGCCACCAAAUAGCAAAUUUGAUUGGCUGAAAGUUAGACUGACCUUGGGCAGCUCAGUCUUCCUGUGGGUCUAUUUUAUCAAACAAUAUAAUGAAGAUGUUUUAGAAUAUAAAACAAGAAAUGGAUUGGAAUGCACUAUUGAAAUAUUAAUAUAG